AUGCUGUCUGAGGGUCUCCUGCCCACCGCCCACACCCUCUCCGCAUCCCUCCCCGCUUGCCGCGGACUCGCCCUGGGGCGCGCCCUGCACGCGUACGCUUUCAAGCUGGCCCUCUCCGGUGACUCCUACGUCGCCACCGCGCUGCUCAGCAUGUACGCGCGGGCGGGGGACGCCGCUGCCGCUCGUGCUCUUUUCGACGAGAUGCCAGAUCCGCACGUCGUGUCUGUCACGGCGAUGCUCACCUGCUACGCGAACAUGGGUGCGCUGGACGACGCGCGCAGGCUGUUCGACGGGUUGCCCAGGAAGGACUUCAUCUGUUGGAACGCGAUGAUUGACGGGUACACGCAGCACGGGAAGCCUAAUGAGGCGCUCCAGUUGUUUCGGCGGAUGCUGAGGUCGAGCGUUGAGCCUGACGAGGUGACAGUUGUGCUGGUGCUGUCUGCGGUUGCGCAGCUUGGUACGGUGGAGUCAGGGAAGUGGCUUCAUUCCUAUGUCAAGAACAAUUGGCGUGUUCAACUCAAUGUCAGAGUGGGCACGGCACUCAUUGACAUGUACUGCAAAUGCGGAAGCUUGGAGGACGCUGUUGCCGUAUUCCACGGCAUUGGUGACAAAGAUAUUGUUGUGUGGAACGCCAUGAUCAAUGGUUAUGCAAUGCACGGAGAUAGCAGAAAGGCACUGGAGAUGUUUGUGCAAUUGCGGGAGCAGGGCCUGUGGCCGACAGAUAUCACCUUCAUUGGUUUGCUCAAUGCGUGCAGUCAUUCUGGGCUGGUUGAGGAGGGCCGCAGGUUCUUCCAGUCGAUGGAGCAUGAGUACGGCAUUGAUCCCAAGAUCGAGCACUAUGAUUGCAUGGUGGACCUUCUGGGUCGUGCGGGGCUCAUAGAAGAAGCAUUCCAUCUUGUGCAGAGCAUGACAAUAACACCUGACGCUGUCAUGUGGGUGUCACUACUUGCUGCAUGCCGGCUUCACAAGAACAUGGCGUUAGGCCAGCGGUUUGCGGACUUCCUUGUUGCCAAGGGGUUAGCCAACUCAGGGGUGUAUAUCCUCCUUUCCAACAUCUAUGCAGCUGUCGGUAAAUGGGAAGAAGUGGCGCGGGUGCGGUCCAUGAUGAAGGCUAGUGGUAUUGAGAUAGACCGCAAGGUAUACGAGUUCGUUGCGGGGGAUAUGAGCCACCCCUGGAUGAGGCCACGAAGGAGAAGGCACUUGCGGUCCACAGCGAGAAGCUUGCUGUUGCAUUUGGACUGA